AUGGCAUCUAAAAUAAAUACCAGUUUUACUUCACUUCCCACCCAGAAAUGUAGACGCACUAAUCAAUCCAGCUCUUUUUCCAGCACUGCUGUUUCAAACCCUCAGCUCUUAUCAACACUUGGAAAUUUUAAAGUUUUGCCAUUGGAAAUAUUCCACUUAGUUCUGAGAUGUUUGUCAGUAAAGGAUAUUGGCAUGUUAAGCAUGGUGUCCAAAGCAGUCAACCAACAUAUUAUUAAUUAUACUUCAACCUCAUCAGGAAGCAAAAGACUUUUACUACAGGACUUUCAUAACCCUGAACUGCCUAACACAAGUGAAGACAGCGAUCUACUGGGGUACUACAGAGCUCUAGGUCUACUAUUCAAAAGAUGCACGUUGCUGCUACCCACUAAGGAAAGACUAAAGUACACUCACAAGAUACUCUCAGAAGUUUCCUGUUUUAAAUUCAGUGGCUGUGCAACUCCUCUGCAAUGUUUAGGAUUAUCAUGUUAUGGCAUGUUUUUGCAGGCCUUAACAGCAGGUUGGGAUGAACUUGAAUGCCAUCGCGUUUAUAACUUCUUAUGUGAGUUGACUAGUCUUCCCCGCAGGAUGCAGACUGUUGUCUGUAACAAACCAGGAAGUGCCCGAAGACUAGAGUUAAGGAUUAGACUGUUCUGUAGGAAUGUACUCCUUGAUCACUGGUCACAUCAAAGUGAUACUGCCUUUUGGUUGACACGAAUAUUAAAACCAUGGCCAAUGGUGAAUCAGGCAAGGUUACUAUAUAUCAUCUUUGGACCAAUAUCUCCUCAGGAUGGACAGGUCAUUUGGCGGGAAAUGAUAGACGCACCUACAGAUGAAUCCAGUAUGAAAGGUUUGGCUGAUGCCAUUAAAUUACUGUAUGACACAGGUACCAAAGAGUGGACAGCAGAUGAUGUUAUCAGUCUUGUUGAUGAACUAUCAGUGGUUCCCCGGGAGUGGCUUUUAGAGAAUAACGCACGCCUUCUAAUCCAAAGUGGGAACAACAUCUGUUUCACUUUCAUGGCUAGUAAGGCUGUGAAUGGACGGGCCAUCGAACUGGCAAGGCUCAUAGUCUUUUUGGCUUUGGUGUGUGAGAAAGAACUAUACUGCAUGGAUUGGACUGUUAAAAUGAUGCAAAAAGUCUGUAAAGUCUUUAGCACUGCUGUGGAAAGAAAUAACUUCCUGGAGAGUGUAGCAAAUGCAUUUACCUGUGUUACAAUGGAAAUGCUGCAGCCGGUUAUAUAUGGAGAUCAUAACGAAGAUGACAAUGUCUUUCUGAAUUUGUUCCAUCUUCUACAUGCGCAAGCUAACUUCCAUAAGGAGGUGCUGUAUUUGACCAUGAGUACUCUCUCUUCCUGA